ACAUAUAUAUUAACGAUGCAAGAGUGUUUUAAUCUACGGCGGGAUCGCCAUGGAAGCCGACACGUUAUCAGUGGAAAAGUUGUGAUUGAACAUGGCCCUGGUUUAUCAGGUCCUGGAAAAUCAGCCGCUGUUCAGAUUCAUAGCACAACACAAACCGACCCAAAUACCGGGAAAGGGAAGCUGAGCGAGAAAGCAUGCCUGAAGAAAGGAAAGAGCAGGAAAAAAGAUGGCACAAAAAUUACAACUUACAAGAUCAAGUUACACGUAGAGCCUGGAUUUGGAAAUCCAGGAGCUUUCGUUAUAGAAAACAAUCACAAGCAUAGAUUCUUCCUUCAAUCUGCAACUCUGGUAAUCCCAGGAAAUAGGUUCAUCCAUUUUGACUGCCGGUCUUGGGUGUAUCCGAUCGAAGUCACGAACGCCAGUCGUGUUUUCUUUUCCAACACGUGUUAUCUUCCAAACCAAACCCCUGCUGGUCUACUGGAAUUGAGAAAGGAAGAGCUUGAAAGCUUGAGAGGUGAUGGAACUGGUGAAAGGAAAGAAUGGGAACGAAUCUAUGAUUAUGAUGUGUAUGAUGAUCUUGGCAAUCCUGAAAAAGGCCCAGAUUAUGAUAGACCCGUCUUGGGUGGUUCCGAUGCAUAUCCGUAUCCUCGCCGGGGAAGAACCGGGCGUCCUGCUAGUAAAAGUGGUAACAAAUGCAUACAUACAUGUGUGUGUGUGUGUUCUUCAUUGUUAUUACAUCUUGAUCUUAAUUUUGUUUCUAAUCAUUGGCCAGAAACUAUUAGCUUCGACGUUUAUGUUCCGGCGGAUGAGCGAUGCAGUCCCAAGAAACUAUCCGAGUUCAUUGCAAAUGCAAUCCAAGCCACAGCUCAUUUCCUUCUACCAGAGGUGAAGUCGUCGUCUCAUGAUUCGAGUAGUUUCGAGUCGUUCGAUGAGAUACGGGAGCUGUAUUCCGAAAACAGAGGCGAAGCGAUUAGGGAAGAAUCGGUUAUGGAGAAAGUGAAGAAAGUAGUACCAGCUGAGCUUUUCAAAGAAGUCACUCAUAAAUUUGAAUAUGACAUUAAAUUCCCACUGCCUCAAAUCAUAAAAGCUAACCAAUUCGCAUGGAAGCUGGAUGAGGAAUUCGGACGCCAAAUGCUUGCAGGGACUAAUCCUACACGAAUUCGUUGUUUGAGGGAAUUCCCACCUCGAGGAACGCUAACCGAAAGCUACAUACAGAUAUCUGACAUUGAGGAGAACCUUGAUGGUUUGAGUUUUGAACAUGCAAUGAUACAAUGGAGGAUUUAUGUCCUGGACCACCAUGAUUAUCUCUUACCGUUUUUAAGAAAAAUGUACUCCGCGGGUGUCUGCCCUGGUGCAACCCGAACAUUACUAUUUUUAAGAAAUGAUUGCACCUUGAAGCCGUUGGCAAUAGAGCUGAGCUAUCCGGGUUCCUUCGACAACAUCAACGGGACGAAAACCAUGGUAAUCCUCCCUGAAGAAGAAGGCACCCUUCAAGCACUUUGGCAGUUGGCAAGGGCUCAUGUUGCAGUCAAUGACUAUGCAUACCAUCAACUCAUCAGCCAUUGGUUGCAUACUCAUGCAGUUGUCGAGCCGUUCAUCAUUGCCACUAGGAGACAACUGAGCGUGAUGCAUCCGGUCCACCGCUUGUUGGACCCUCAUUUCAAAGAUACCAUGCACAUAAACGCACUAGCUCGAACCGUUCUCAUAAAUGCCGGAGGAAUCCUUGAGAAGACACUUUUCACAGGAAAAUUCUCCAUGGAAUUGUCUUCUGAACUUUAUAAAGAGUGGAGAUUCGACGAACAAGCUCUCCCCUCCGAUCUAAUCAGAAGGCGUAUGGCCCUGAAUGAGUCAGAGAGCCCCAUAGGAGCUCAUAUACUCUUCCAAGAUUAUCCUUACGGUCUAGACGGUAUCGAUGUAUGGCUAGCCAUCCAAACAUGGGUGGGAGACUUCUGCAACAUCUUCUACGAAGACGAUGCUUCAGUCAAAUCCGAUACCGAAAUCCAAGCAUGGUGGUCAGAAAUCCGAAACGUCGGUCACGGUGAUAAACGCAACGAGACAUGGUGGUGCCAAAUGACAACAAAGGAAAAUCUCAAGCAUACAUUAACGACACUCAUUUGGAUAACAUCAGCCCUUCAUGCAUCAGUGAAUUUCGGGCAAUAUACGUAUGCAGGUUAUCCUCCGAACCGUCCCACUCGGUGUCGGAAGUUCAUUCCCGAAGAAGGGACGAUGGAGUUUGCGGAGUUCUUGAAAGACCCCGAUAAGUACUUCCUCAACAUGUUACCUGAUAAGUUUCAGGCAACGCUUGGGAUGGCAUUAAUGGAGGUGCUCUCAAAGCACACGUCUGAAGAAGUUUACUUGGGACAGAGGCCGACAUCGGAGUGGAUAGACAAUAAGGAGGUGACGCAGAGAUUUAAGAAGUUCAGUGAGUGUUUGAGGGAGAUAGAGAAGCAAAUGCUGGAGAGAAAUGGAGAUCCAGAGCUGAGAAAUAGACGGGGUCCGGCUAAAGUGCCAUACAAACUUCUUUACCCUGAUGCGACCAAGGUCGAAGGCAUCACGGCCCAAGGGAUUCCUAAUAGUGUAUCUAUUUAACCUAUCUUUUCUAUAAACCAUAUAACAUAUUUUAUACCCUACAUUUAUUUAAAAUU